AUGACGUGUGCAUCAGAAGCAGCUGGCAUAGGGGGCCUCGCUGCUUCAUUAGAAGCAGCUUCAAACAGGUUCAUCUUAAAUGGUGCUUUGAAUCUAGCUACCCGAUCCACCGACCGACGAGAACGCCCACGAUUUCUUCCUCACCUUCUUCCCAGCGGGGCCACUGCGCCGCCCGACCCCAAAUCCCGCUCCGCCUUCUUCCCCGGCGGAAGCUCGCAUCCCGACCCCGCCUCCAUCUCCAGCGGGAGCCCCUCUCCUUCCACAGAGCAGCCCAUAGCUCUGCCCCAUCUCCUUCCCCACAACGGCUGCACCGUAUCUUCCUGCGAGCCACGAUUGGAUCCCGAUCCCCAACGCCGGGAGGCUCACACCACCACCCAUCGAGCUCCUGCAUCGGUGCUACCCUACUACCUCGCCGCCAAGAAGAAGUUCGCCGCGUCUUUUUUGUGUGGAAGUUCACAUUUUCACGCGGCUCAGCCCUUGCGCUUAACCUCUUCGAUGCGGGGUCUGAACUUCACCGAUGUAGUGGCAUCGAGGCGACCGACGGACAUGAACAGGGAGUUCACAUUAUUCAUUCAUGAGCUCGAGGAAAGCACCAGGCCGCUCUCUUUCUGUUGUCUUUUUUUUGAAAACCUCUUUCUGUUGUCUGUCCAGUGGAGUCCAUGA